UACGGAGUUAGUACUGAUGUGGACCGUGCACUAGAACUUUUUUAAAAUAAGUGCCGUGUGCGACACUCAGUGAAUCACUGCGAAAUCUUCAAGGACUUGACUUACGCAAACGAGGCCAAGAUGUCUCUCGAACUAAAGGAGAGGCUGGACAAGAUCCGUUCCUCGCCCAAGCAGCAAAACCAGCAGCAGAGUGCUGCGGUGCUCUCAGCAGUUGAGGAUACAAUCAAGUCGCAAAACUCUGAACUCACACCUGCCGCCUACUUCGCCGCGCUGCUUGCCUUGCUCAAGAAGUAUAUACCUCCUGAUCAGCCAAUCGUCAAUAAAGAAGUUGCGUCUGCUGUUGUGUACCUCCUCGACCUUAUAACACCCCACGUCGCCGCCCCGCUCCUACGAUCGAAAUUCUCCCAGGUCGUGACUAGCCUAGCUCCUGCUCUGACCCAAAAAGAUUCAGAAGGACCCUUGAUUAGACCUUCGAUAGGUUGUCUUGAGUCACUAUUGCUAGUACAAGACUCACAAGCAUGGGCGUUACCACAAUCGCAGGUCAGCCCGCGCUGGGCGUUAGCAGGACUUCUCGCCAUUGCAGUAGGUCAGAAACCGAAGCCUCGAAAACGUGCUCAAGAUGCCAUUACGAACGUCCUAAAACAUCCGCCUCCUAGCCCGUCCAUCGAUCACCCGGCGGCAGAUAUGUGUGCAGAAAGCGCAUUGAGUAGUUUACGUGCACUGGCUGUGGAGGCAAGCAAAAGCAAGAAGAGCCGAAAUCGGGACGGAUCGCUAGAGCCAGAGAUGAUGCAUGUCUUACAAUUGAUCAAAGCCAUAGCGAGUGGUUCAGAUGGUUGGCCCAGUAAGAAGAUCGAUGCUUUAGUCGAGUUACUUUUGAACAUUUCGCGCUCCACGAACGAACACCUCACUAUGGCAGCGUUUGAUCUGUUCGAAGUCAUAUUUGCAGGUAUGGCUAAUGAUGAAACAUCACCGAAACUGCCACUGCUCUUAGAAAAGAUAUUGGAACUGCAACCUGCGCGUGGCGACUCUCAAUUGCUUCCUCCUUGGAUCGCGGUCUUGUCCAGGGGAUAUGAUGUAUCGGCCCAGGUUGAACCCGAGGAGACAUUUCAAAAGUUGCCAGAUUUGUUUGCCAAAAUAUCUGAAUUUCUGGAGUCCCCAUCUCACAACAUCCGCAUAUCUGCUUCAGAAUGCUUGAUAUCAUUCAUGGCGAAUUGUGUUCCUGUGAGUGUUCUACAGAACCCUUCAAUCUUUGACGAGAAGGCUCUAGAGAAGUUGUCGAGGACAGCUGCAGGCCUACUGAGCGUCAAAUACCAAGCUGCAUGGAUGGAGGUCUUCAACGUCCUUGGAGCUAUGUUUGAGAAGUUACGCUGGAUGGCUUCACCAUAUCUAGAUACCACAGUGAAACAGAUCGGCGAACUGAGAGGAAGUGACUCGUUUGCCGGUAAGACUGAAGCUGAUACUGUUCUCUCCAAAGCAGUUCGUGCGAUAGGGCCUGAAAAGGUCCUUGAAAUACUGCCAUUGAACUUAAGCAGGCCUGUACCUGGACAGCCAGGUCGCGCAUGGCUUCUCCCGAUCAUACGAGAUUCUGUUAGCAACACCCGGUUAUCGCAUUUUCGCCAGGAGCUAGUACCACUGAGCGAAGCAAUGUUCCAAAAAGUUCUUGAACACGGGCAGGCAGAGAAGACCAUGGAAAUCAAAGUAUUUGAAACAGUCGUCCAUCAGAUAUGGACGUGCUUACCAGGUUAUUGCGAUCUCCCGCUCGACGUGGUGGAGGGAUUCGAUCAAUCGUUCGCCGAAAUGAUAUCAAAUCUUCUGUAUCAGCAAACAGACUUACGAGCAGAUCUCUGCCGGGCUUUGAAAAAUCUUGUGGAAACUAAUCAGGCUAUCAUAGCUGAAUCGGACACUGACUUGAUCGCAUUAUCGCGCGUGUCGAAAACAGAUGCCAAGCGUAAUUUAGAUUACCUUGCUACCUUUUCGAACAACAUCUUAGCUGUGUUGUUCAACGUAUAUAGCCAGACCCUACAACAGUACCGUGGCGUUGUUCUGCAAUGCAUCAACGCUUAUCUCAGUAUCACCCCGACAAAUGAUCUCCUGGACACCUUUAACAGAGUCACGUCGGCUUUGGAGACGGCGCUACAAGAAGAAGAGCAGCAGCAACAGCAGCCAAAGACUGCGAAAGCCAAAGGCAAGGUCGAAGACAAGCUACCACCAACAAGUUACACUCUUAUGGACUUGAUAAUUACAAUUACGGCAUACCUUCCACGGGAAACAUUCACUUCGCUCUUUGCCAUUGCCUCGCUCAUCAUCAAUUCCGGAAAGGACAACAAGAUUCAAAAGAAGGCUUACAAGCUCAUCCCUCGCCUAGCCGAAUCUGAUGCUGGUCGAGAGGCAUUGCAGGAGCGCAAUAGGGAGCUGCAGCGCCUUCUGCUCGACAGUGCCGAAAAGACAGUAGCUUCUGCACGCCACGAGCGCAUUGCAGCUAUUUCCUGGGUUGUGGAAUAUAUGCCUACAGAGGACUUGCAUUUCAUUCCCGCCAUUCUGCCAGAGGUAGUAAUAUCUUCGAAGGAGAUCAACGAAAAGGCACGGACCGCAGCAUAUGACCUUCUCGUGGCCAUGGGUGAGAAAAUGGAUCGUGGAGGCACGAUAAUCAAUUCGAAGAUCCCGAACAUGCCUGAGGAUGCACCUUCGGCUAGUGCGAGUCUCGACUUGUAUUUUACUAUGGUGUCUGCCGGUCUUGCUGGGUCCACACCCCAUAUGCAGAGUGCUUCUGUGACAGCCGUAACCCGGGUAUUUUACGAGUUUCGUUCCAGGAUCUCGGACGCGACUGUGAGCGAGAUUUUGGAUCUUAUGGAUAUGUUUAUUCAAAACAAGAAUCGCGAGAUUGUGAGGUCGGUACUCGGCUUCGUCAAAGUCGCUGUCAUCUCGUUACCAGCAUCUCUAAUGCAGCCCCGGUUGAAGACCCUGAUACCAAAUCUGAUGAUUUGGAGCCAUGAACAUAAAUCCCGAUUCAAAGCGAAGGUCAAACAUAUCAUCGAGCGUAUGAUUCGGCGCUUCGGUAUUGAGGAUGUUGAAGUGUGUUGUCCGGAAGAAGACAAGAAGCUCAUUGCCAACAUACGCAAAACUCGUGAUCGGGCGAAGAGGAAGAGAGAUGCCAGUACCACUGCUGGUGAUGAAAUGGAGGUCGAUGGUGCAGAGGGACCAGCGGAUCACCGUCGGAGAUCAAAGUUUGAAAGCGAAUUUGACGAAGCAGUAUAUGGAAGCGAAUCAGAUUCAGUCGCUUCUGUCGCAUCAGCCGGCAGCGAUGAUGAGUUUGUUCGUAAACGACGAGGCAAGGCCCAAAAUGGGAAUACCUACAUCGUGGAGGAUGAGGACGAACCUCUCGAUCUAUUGUCAAAACGAGCUUACGGCAAUAUAUCAUCAACCAAACCCGUCAAACAGCGCGCUGUACCGGCCCACAAGACGAAAGCCAAGACCGAUCUAGAUGGUAAAUUACUUCUAGGCGACUCGUCGGACGAAGGCCCAGAAAUGAUGGAUUUCGAUGAACAGGGCGAACCGGGUGAUGGUACUCUUGAAGGUGGUAUCAACGCAUAUGUUGCAGCCCUCAAAGGACGGGACGCACCCCAGCGUGGUCAAAAGGGAAAGUUGAAGUUCUCAAACAAGCGGAGCAAGGACAACGAUGAUGAGGAGGACAUGGAUGUGGAUGAAGAAAUGGAGGUAGGCAAAAAGCUUAAGUCUAAGGGUAACAUGAGUCCGGGCAAUAAAAGAGGGGGCUUCAGUGGAGGAAGAGCAGGAGGCAUGGCUGGCUUCAAGGCUCAAAGAAAAGGUCUUGGUGCACAAAAACAGAGCGGGGGUGGAGGCGCAUCACCAAAGGGUGGAAAGGGCGGAAGAGUAGAAAAGCGAUCUCGCGGAAGGGGAGGAAUACGCCGAUAAGGCCUGAUUUGAAUUCGAAAGUUGGAAGUCGUAUACCCAAGCCAGGAGUUGGCUCUGUCAGCUACUUCCACGCGCGACUGAAUUGGCAUAUAAAUCUCGUGAUGCAGUAACUGAUUCUUGUACCUCGGCGUCCAUUGUUGGAAUCCAUCCAUCUGCUAUUGUCGUUCAUGCCGAAUCCGAGCCUCGAAUAUCGCAAACAAGUAUGAUCCGAUUGAAGUUACUAGGGAUGCAACAACAGCAGGUCUCCUGACUGACUGACAUAGUCGGCCCGGGUAGAACCUUAAAAUAGUUUACUACCAGUCGAGCCAAUAUUCAAACAUUUGGCAUGCAUACUUGACUAUAAAAAAAAGUAGUG